AUGACAAAAGUAUCGGAGAGGGACACCAUUGAUGAUCAUUUUAGAGAAUCCACCCUCGGCGCUGUGCAAUCCAGCAGCAGUAUAGAUCUCACCUCUCCUCCUAGCCGCUCUUGGACCAGAGCAUUGCAGCACCAGAAUGGCGAUCUCCCAGGAUCCCUUGGAAAUGCCCCUCUGAGAGACAGAUACAUCGCAGACUGGACUAAACGUGCGACUUCUUUUACGACUGUGGGCGUUCUCGGUCCUACAAGCUAUUCUGCCGUGUAUAGCGAAAGCGACGACGUCGCUCGUUCGUCUAAUGUCGCAGGUUCUCUGCGCGAUGUAUCUCAUUCACUCCAACACAAUUUUAGUGCGAUCGACGAUGGGCAAAUCCAGCUGGGUGCGGAGCUGUUGCUCAUUCUUUAUGAUGAUUUUACCCUUUACGAAAGAAUGGCAACGAUGGGCUACGAUCAAUGUGAAGGCUAUCUCUGGGCGCUUCCGGUAUUGCGUUUAAUUUUUACGUCGGUUCGGCAAAUGCUGGAUGAUGCGAUUGAGGAUGAAUCGGAUCCUCUGCCUAGCCUGCGACGUUUAUCCAAAUGUAUAUUUGAAAACUGUUCGCAGCCGGUCAAUAUUUACUUGAAUAUGACACCGCCUGAGUUCUUUGGGGCCAUGCCUCGAAAAUGGGAGGUCAUCGGCCUGAUGUUCUCAAUAAUCGGCUCCAGCGCAUGUCUUCUUCCACAAUCAGAUUUCAAAAUGCACGGCGCACCAUCGUUGGAUCGCAAUGGACUUGCAGUCGUAUGCGUGUCGGCGGGUGAGAUCUGCUUGAGAUUUUGUGAUAAUGCAGGGGUCAUCUCGGAGCAACUCUCUUGGGUACUCUUAUCACAUACAUCACUGCUUACAUUUUUGUAUGGUGAUCAUGAUUACCGUCCUUGGAAGUCGUUGGGUGAUUUAUCAACCGUGAUAUUUGCUUUAGGUUUUCAUCAACAAGAAGCUUUCACAAAACUACCGAUGUUUAUCAUUGAAUAUCGUAGGCGGCUCAUGAUCGCUGCAUAUGGAUUAGAUAAAGAGCUUGCGACAUUUCUUGGGCGACCACCGCGAAUUAGUUGGCGGCAUAUCGAUAUCGAGCUCCCAAUUGACUUGGAAUAUGAUGUUCUUAUUGCUGAGCCAGAAGUGCGAGAUGCAGCGAUGGCAAAUAUCGGAGAAGGGGGCUGGAACACGACAGGAGUAGUAUCAAAUAUCUCAUAUGCUCGAGUCAUGUACACAAUGGGUCAGAUCCGAGAAUAUGUGCUCGAGGUAUCGCUUAAUCCUAAGAUAUUUGAAGAUUUGGAAGGGAGAAUCUUGGAAAUAUCGAAUCUCUCACGUAAGGUGCGCGACGACCUACCAGCAGUUUUCAAGUGGAAUCUUCAGAGUUUCGAGAACAUGGAGCACGGCAGAACACAGGCUUAUAUUCUACUCUGUAUCCACUUGAGCUUCUUGCACAGUGACUUUAUUUUGCAGAGGGUUCUCGUCAAAAGAAAGGGGGCGGGAUCAGAGACUUUAAUGAAUAUCGCCCAUGAGAUGCUCAGCACGUUGCUCAUUGCUGUGGCCAAUCGUUCGCGUGAUGGAAGGGAUAAUAAUACCAUAGCGUGGACGAUGUCCCUCUUUGGCCUCCCAUCCGCUGGCGCCCUAGCAAUAGAACUCCUUCGCCAAACCCAAACGCCGCAAUCUAGCGCUUCCUUCCCACGUUCCGAGGUGAUUCAAAAUCUUAGUCGCUUUGCGGCUGAUCUUGAAUAUGCCAUCUUAGAGCACGCUGGCAAUUAUGAGAUAUGCCAACAGGCGCGUAAAGUUAUAAGGCAUGUUCUCGACCGCGUGCUAUCGGCACCACCAGCCAUGCCCUUUGCUUCUUCAUCCUUAGUGACAGAACCUGACUUCGCGCCAAUGGAUUGGUUAACGAGCGACGAUACGUGGUUGAACCAGGACUCUGACUUUAUGAAAUGGGUGGAUAGUUUUGACUGGGGGCAGGAACUAGGUGAUCGUUGA